AUGUUCUUAAUGCGUUCUUGGUCUUUCUUGGAGAUGCACUCGAAGAUGGACCUGGGUGCAGAAGGAAGGGGCGUCUCACCGAGUGUUGCUCCCCGCUGUCCAUUGCAUACUACUCUUGCCAUAUGCACAGUACUAGCGGCAGCUGCUUGUUUCCCUGAGGAACAACGUAAAGUUCAUGAAGAGCUGGACGCGGUCAUCGGGACCGACAGAGCACCUGCAUUCACUGACAAGAAAUCACUUCCUCGCCUUCAUGCCUUCGUUUCGGAGGCCGUUGAUACCUAUGGGUGGUUGUUUUUGUGGGCACCCUUCGUCGUCCUGUCGAAGCUAGAUCUGAGUACAAACAGGAAGAUUAUCGUGUUCCAGCCGGGACAACAGUAUUUGGCAAUCACUGGGCCAUCUCUCGCGAUCCAGACGUCUACGGCACCUACAUUCACUGACAAGAAAUCACUUCCUCGCCUUCAUGCGUUUGUUUCGGAGGCCCUGCGAUGGAGGCCGUUGGUACCCAUGGGUAUGCCACACCGCACGACACAGGUAGUUGUUUUUGUGGGCACCCUUCAUCCUCUAGAAGCUAGAUCUGACAGUACAGACAGGAAGAUUAUCGUGUUCCAUGUGACAGUAUUUGGCAAUCGCUGGGCCAUCUCUCGCGAUCCAGACGUCUUCCCAGACCCUAACGCAUUCAAGCCUGAUCGUUGGCUUGAUACCGAAGGGCGCGUGAGAGAUGACCUCAAGUUCUUUGUAUUCGGUUUUGGUCAGCGAGUGUGUCCCGGACAACAUGUUGCGAAUAGCUCGGUGUUCAUAAACACGGCGCUUGUCCUUUGGGCCUUCCGGCUCACGUUGGAUCGCACGAAGCCGUUGGAUGAUGUGCCUUUCAUGGAUGGCAUUCUCCCGAAUGAGCAGCCAUCGUGGCUCCGCUACUACGGAGCCAUACGUCAGACUCGAGUGUCCCCAACGUUCCUCCCCGCAGAGGCCAAAUUGUCGCUUUCACCUCGAAGUCCAUAG